AUAUGUAAGUCGUAGUCCAUGGAGCUAGUCACUGGACACACGGCGAGCAGGAGAGACGACGCAUCGGAAAGUCUCAAUUAAUAAGAGCGCGAAGUGAAAUUGAAUUGAGUAAAAUGUUUAAGACUCCAAUGCACGAGAAACGUCGCGUAUGCGUUAUAGGAGCUGGCACUGCUGGAUUAUGCGCCCUGAAAAACUCCCUGCAGGCGGGAUUGGAGGCAGUGGCCUACGAGAGGGGCACAGAUAUUGGCGGCACUUGGAUAUUCUCGGAGGAGAUGCCCAAGGAUCAAUAUGAUGAGGUGCAUAGCAGCAUGUAUGAAGGAUUACGCACAAAUUUACCAAAGGAAGUCAUGGGCUAUCCGGACUAUCUGUAUCCCAGCGAGAUCAAGGAGUCUUUUAUCACAUCGCAGCAGGUUCUAGACUUUCUACGCUCCUAUGCUGAUCACUUCAAGCUGCGGCCACACAUUAAACUGCAACACGAGGUCAUCAGGGUGCGACCCCGAUUAAAUGAUUGGGAGGUGUAUGUCUGGGAUCACAAAAACAACACUUGCGAUCCGGUUUAUUAUGAUUUCGUUUAUGUCUGCAAUGGUCACUAUACGGAACCGGAUAUGCCCGAUAUCGAGGGAAUGCAGCUAUACGAGGGUCAACAAAUGCACAGUCAUUUAUACCGCAAGGCUGAUAAAUUUAAAGAUCAGAGUGUUUUGAUCAUUGGUGCCGGUCCGAGUGGCAUGGAUAUAGCGAAUCAUGUUCGACAGGCAGCGAGUCAUGUGUAUCUCAGCCAUCAUUUGAAUGCCACGCCCAACACCACAUUUAUGGGGAAUGUGACACAAAAGCCGGAUGUGAAAAGAUUCACCAAAAGUGGAGCUGUUUUUAAGGAUGGCAGUAGCGAAUCCUUUGAUCAUGUGAUGUAUUGCACCGGCUAUGAGUAUAGUUUUCCCUGCCUCAGCACUGAUGUGGGCAUCCAGGUGAUCGAUAACUUUGUGCAGCCACUGUGGAAGCACUGCGUCAACAUUAACAAUCCGACAAUGUCGUUCAUUGGGCUGCCCUUCAAUGUGAUACCCACGCAAAUCUUUGACAUGCAGGUGCGUUUCACCCUCAAGUUUUAUACGGGUCAGCGGGAGUUGCCCACCAGGGAACAAAUGUUGGCCGAUCUGGAGAAGGAGCAGGGCGAGCGCUGGGAUUGCGGUUUUUACAAUCGCAAAAAGGCUCAUCAAAUGGGCGAGCGACAGUUUGAUUACUACAAUGAACUGGCGAGUAUGGCGGGCAUUGAAAAUAUAAAGCCAGUAAUUUUGAAACUGAUGAAGGAUUGUGGCAAGAAAUAUAUAUUUAAUUUGGAUACUUAUCGCAACCAUACCUACACAAUUGUCGACGAUGAAAACUUUAUCAAAACUCCGCUGUGAAAGCCCAUGCAUUUUUUAUAUGUUUAAAAUGUAGCUUGCAUUAAUAAUAUAGUCUUAAAAUAAA